GCCAGCGAGGAGGAUAUGACCUGUACCAGUGAUUUUUAUCUCAGGAUCGGGACUGUGAAAGCUCAGCAGUAUCACAGAGCAUCCUGCGAGGCAGUGGAGGCUCACAUUAAAUUUCCUAUCGACUAUCCAUACUCACCACCUACCUUCAGAUUCCUGACCAAAAUGUGGCACCCCAACAUCUAUGAGAAUGGAGACGUAUGUAUUUCAAUUCUUCACCCACCGGUAGAUGACCCACAGAGUGGAGAACUGCCCUCCGAAAGGUGGAAUCCCACCCAGAACGUCAGGACUAUCCUGCUGAGCGUAAUCUCCCUGCUUAACGAGCCCAACACCUUCUCUCCAGCCAACGUGGACGCGUCCGUCAUGUUCAGGAAAUGGAGGGACAGCAAAGGGAAGGACAAGGAGUAUGCAGAAAUCAUUAGGAAACAGGUGUUGGCCACCAAGGCGGAGGCGGAGAAGGAUGGCGUGAAGGUCCCCACGACGCUGGCAGAGUACUGCAUCAAAACUAAAGUGCCUUCCAACGACAACAGCUCGGAUCUGCUCUACGACGACUUGUACGACGACGACAUCGACGACGAGGACGAAGAGGAAGAAGACGCCGACUGUUACGACGACGACGACUCCGGCAACGAGGAGUCGUGACCUGCUCCCUCCGUGCCCCUGUACUGCCCUGUCCACUCAGGCCAGAAGGGAGCAGCGGGAACCUUGCAGCAGUCCAGCAAAAAAAAAAAAGAAAAAAAAAAAAGAAAAAAAAGAAAUACAUUGCGGGGGGAAUUGAGAAACUUUGUCUCCUGCUGUCUCCCAGCGUCUGGACCUGUUGGCUCCUUUUUUUUAUGGACCUCGUAGAGACCCUCCGCAGAGUGUCCAAGUCCGCAUCCUUAGCCCCAGCAUCACUGUCUUAUGAUUUUUUUUCUUUAAAAAAAACAAAACAAAAAAACAAACAAACCCCCCCCUCCCCUUGCCCUUCACUUCUCUACGAACCAUUGACGGCGACAGACAGGUUUGCUCUGCGUUUAGGUCCUUGAAUUAAACAGUCUUGCCUUGAGAUGUUUCAUGUAUUUAAAGCUGGAACGAGCCCGUUGGAAGCUGGGCCUUGGGGAGUUCGCAAGCGGUGCGUUGACCAGGAAGGGGGAACCAGCGACGAAACCCCAAAAGCAAAGGCAAAAGCAACCAACCCACGCGAAGUAAAUUGCCAAGGUCCAGCUGCUCCGUUCCAGUCCUAGCGCGUGCGCAUUCGUUUAGCCUGUGGUGGUGGUGGUUUUUCCUCUCUAAGGUGUGGGACGGAGCGGGGGCCGCUGCGCGCGGAGCGCGGCGCCGUCACUGGAAGGUACAGUAUUCCUCUUCGGCUGGCUCCGCUAGGGAGCGCCAGCCCUGGGCCCUGCUCCCGGAGGGCCCAAUCAGCUUUGUCUCGUAAAGGCUUGUGAUAUGAACCCUCAAAUAAACACGUAACACUUCGCCUCUGUGCACCUGA